AUGGCACACUACGAUAUCCACAACAUUGUGAAUUUUCCUGCUGGAUUUCGUUUGCUGAUUAAAAUUGGGGAGUUUUCCCCUGAAAAUGCACAUGGCCGAAGAUGGCGGAUAGCUCCUCAGUCUUUGUGUAGUCACAGGUGUGGUCCAGGAUUCAGGAAAAUGCCACAGGAAGGAAAACCUGUCUGCUGCUAUACUUGUGUUAUUUGUCCAGAAAGAGACAUUUCCAAUCAUACAGAUGCAGAGCAGUGCAUCCCGUGUGCAGAUAAUGAGUACCCAAACAUGGAGAGAAACCACUGUCUCCCCAAGCUGGUGACCUUCUUAGCCUUUGAUGAAAUCUUGGGGAUGGUUCUGGCCUGCAUGGCUCUGUGCUUCUCUGUCCUCACAGCUGUGGUCCUCUGGAUCUUUGUGAAACACCGAGACACUCCCAUCGUUAAGGCCAAUAACUGGACCCUCAGCUACAUCCUGCUCAUUGCCCUCCUCCUGUGCUUCCUCUGCUCCUUACUCUUCCUUGGCCGUCCCAACACAGCUACCUGCCUCCUCCGGCAAAUAACAUUUAGCUUUGUGUUCACAGUGGCUGUUUCCACCGUGCUAGCCAAGACCAUCACUGUGAUUCUGGCCUUCAAAGCUCUGAAACCUGGAAGAACAAUGAGACGAUUGCUGGUAUCAGGUGCUUCUAACUUCAUCAUUCCCAUCUGCUCCUUGAUCCAGCUGGCUCUCUGUGGCAUCUGGAUGGGAAUCUCUCCUCCCUUUAUUGACACAGAUGUACACUCUGAACAUGGCCACAUCAUCCUGGUGUGCAACAAGGGCUCAGUCACUGCCUUCUACUGUGUCCUGGGCUACCUGGGCUCCUUGGCCCUGGCCAGCUUCACUGUGGCUUUCCUAGCCAGGAAUCUGCCUGACACAUUCAAUGAAGCCAAGUUCCUGACGUUCAGCAUGCUGGUGUUCUGCACUGUCUGGGUGACCUUCCUGCCUGUCUACCACAGCACUAAGGGGAAGCUCAUGGUAGCCGUGGAGGUCUUCUCCAUCUUGGCCUCCAGUGCGGGGCUCCUUGUCUGCAUCUUUGCCCCCAAGUGCUACAUUAUUCUCAUAAAACCUGAUCAAAAUUCUUUGAAACCUUUAAAGAACCAAUCAAGUCUCAGCAAAUUAAAAGAAUCAAAA